AUGGACACAGCUCCAAAGCGUGAUUUGGUUUCGACUCAAGACACAGGAACACAGUCCGCCUCCUGGAAUAGUGACACAAACCGAAACGAACCAGCAAGUAACACUCAAACCAUGAUGCAACAUCCAUCAUCGAGUAAUAUCAUUCUUGUUGAUUCUGACGACGAUAUGCCACCAAGUAUGCGGGCACUUGAUUUAGCAAAUGAUCGAUCAGCGCCAAAUUCGAAUGCCAUUGUUCGAAGAAUUCAAAGAGUACAAAUCACGAACGGAAAUCAUGAGCAUUCAACUGGAAUUAACAAGUUGCGGGAAGAAAAUGAAAGGCUAAAGAAACAAAUUGCAGAUCUGAACGAACAAAUCGCAAACCUGACACAGACGAGUGACAAUGCCAGAAGUGAGAUCAAUCGACUAAAACACAAAAUCGAGAAAGAUCGAUUUGAUACAGAGGCGCGCAUCGACCAGUUACAGUGCAAACAUCAGACAGAUUUUAAGGAAACUCGACGUCGUACAGAACAAUUAGAAGAUGAGAACCAAACAUUGAACAAUGAACUGAGCCAGUUACGUCGAGAAAAUGAAAAACUGAAACUUCAGGUCGAACAGCUAAAGAAGGACAAGAUAACAUUAGAAAGUGAAGUUGGAAAGUUGAAGGCUCAAUUGGACAUUCUGCAACAAAGUGGCAAUGAAAUGAAAAAAGAAUUGGACGAAACAAAACGUGAUCUUGACACCAUGAAAAGACAAAUGGCAGAGGAUAGAGAAAAAAACAAGACUGAAGAAAGAAGCAAUAUAUCUAAAUUACUUCUGGGAGAAGUAGCAUUUAAGUUUGAUCGGGUAGUCAUUGGUAAUAUCUUCCGAGAUCGCUUUAAAGCAUCGAAUUCUAAUUGCAAGGAAUGGACGCGUCGAGCUCGAUCACUAACAGUAGCUCAAGUUCUUCAUGGGCAUAUUAAACCGAUGACUACCGAAGAAAACGACCGUCUGCAAGAGUUUGUUGAAUAUUUAAAGCAACGUGGUUGGCAUGAUGCCUUCCACUUUGUGGGUGUACUGAACGAACUAAAAAAUGGUAGACUAUAUUUGGCUCAUUUAUCAUCAAACGAUAAAAACGAUCAAGAUCGCGCAAAGCUCAAGCAGGCAGCCGAAUUUGCCGACAAUAAAGAUCAAAUUUUAGAGUAUCAGCAUGUUAUUGACGCUUUAUGUCAUUACACUCACACUGAAUAUCCUCUUCACGAUGAAUUAUAA